CCUCGGCGCCCCGCUCCAGCAGCCCCGGUGCCCCCGCCCCGCACCCGCCAUGCCCGAGCAGCUCAGCGUCGCGGAGUUCCUGGCCGUCACCGCGGAGGACCUCGGCUCCCCGGUCGGGGCCGCCGCCUUCGCCGCCAAGAUGCCCCGGUGCCGGGGGGCGGCGCUGGCGCGCGAAGAGAUCCUGGAGGGAGACCAGGCCAUCCUGCAGAGAAUAAAGAAGGCGGUGCGGGCCAUCCACAGCUCUGGCCUUGGCCACGUGGAGAACGAGGAGCAGUACCGGGAGGCCGUGGAGGCCUUGGGCAACAGCCACCUGUCCCAGAGCAGCCACGAGCUGUCCACAGGCUUCCUGAACUUGGCCGUGUUCACCCGCGAGGUGGCCGCGCUCUUCAAGAACCUGGUUCAGAAUCUGAACAACAUUGUCUCUUUCCCCCUGGACAGCCUGAUGAAGGGGCAUCUGAGAGACGGGCGGCAGGAUUCCAGAAAACACCUGGAGAAGGCCUGGAAGGACUAUGAAGCCAAGGUGACCAGGCUGGAGAAGGAGCGGGACCGGACCAGGAUGACUGGAGGGAGCCCCGGAGAGGUGGCCCACGACACACAGAGAGAGCGACGCAUCUUCCAGCUGCACAUGUGUGAGUACCUGCUCAAAGCUGGGGAGAGCCAGAUGAAGCAAGGUCCUGACUUCCUCCAGAGCCUCAUCAAGUUCUUCCACGCCCAGCACAACUUCUUCCAAGACGGCUGGAAGGCCGCCCAGAGCCUGUCCCCCUUCAUCGAGAAGCUGGCGGCCUCAGUGCACACGCUGCAUCAGGCCCAAGAGGAGGAGCUACAGCAGCUGACCCAGCUCCGGGACUCCCUCCGAGGGUCGCUUCAUCUUGACAGCAGAGAGGAGCACCUGAGCCGGAAGAACUCAGGCGGCGGCUACAGCAUCCACCAGCACCAAGGCAACAAGCAGUUUGGGACGGAGAAGGUGGGCUUUCUGUACAAGAAAAGUGAUGGAAUCCGGAGAGUCUGGCAGAAGAGGAAGUGUGGGGUCAAGUACGGCUGCCUGACCAUCUCGCACAGCACGAUAAACCGGCCCCCAGUGAAGCUGACCCUGCUGACGUGUCAAGUGAGGCCAAACCCUGAGGACAAAAAGUGUUUCGACCUGGUGACCCACAGCCGGACGUACCACUUCCACGCCGAGGACGAGCAGGAGUGUGAGGCGUGGGUGUCAGUGUUGCAGAACAGCAAGGACGAAGCCCUGAGCAGCGCCUUCCUCGGGGAGCCCAGCGGCGGCCCUGGGCCCUGGGCGGGCGCCGGGCUGGACGCGGAGCCCCAGGAGCUCACGAAGCUGCUCAUCGCCGAGGUGAAGAGCCGGCCGGGCAACGGCCAGUGCUGCGACUGCGGAGCCGCAGACCCCACGUGGCUCAGCACCAACCUGGGCGUGCUCACCUGCAUCCAGUGCUCCGGCGUCCACCGCGAGCUGGGCGUGCGCUUCUCGCGCAUGCAGUCCCUCACCUUGGACCUGCUGGGCCCAUCCGAGUUGCUGCUGGCCUUGAACAUCGGAAACACGCGCUUCAAUGAGGUCAUGGAGGCCCAGCUGCCCUCACACCGCAGCCCUAAGCCCACAGCCGAGAGUGACAUGAGCACCCGCAGGGACUACAUCGUGGCCAAGUAUGUGGAACACAAGUUUGCCCGCCGCUGCACCCCAGAGCCUCAGAGACUCCGGACGGCCAUUUGCAACAGGGACCUCCUGUCGGUCCUGGAGGCCUUUGCCAACCGGCAGGACUUCGGACAGCCGCUGCCAGGGCCGGAUGGGCAGGCUCCCGGAGAGCUCGCCCUGCACUUGGCCAUCCAAGUGGCCAGCCCAGCCUCGCUGCCCCUGGUGGAGUUCAUCAUCCUGAACGGCGGUCACCUGGACGCCAAGGCUGCCGACGGGAACACCGCCCUGCACUACGCGGCCCUUGCCAACCAGCCAGACUGCCUCAAGCUGCUGCUGAAAGGGAGAGCUGUGGCUGGCACAGUGAACGAGGCAGGAGAGACAGCGCUGGACAUAGCCAGAAGGAAGCAGCACAAGGAGUGUGAAGAGCUGCUGGAGCAGGCCCAGGCGGGGACCCUCGCCUUCCCUCUGCACGUGGACUACUCCUGGGGGAUUUCUACAGAGCCCGGCUCUGACAGUGAGGAGGAGGAGGAGGAGAAGCACUGCUCUCUGAAGCCCUCGGCCCAGGCCCCCUGUGCCGGUGGGAGGUUGGACAUCACCAACAAGAUGUAUGAGACCCUCAGCAGCCUGGGACCAGCGCCGCCUCAGAGCCAGAGUGAGGCCUGCCCCCCGCCCUUGCCGGUCAAGCACUCUGCGCGGAGCACACUCCAGGGCCGAGCAGGACCCGGUGUUGCAGAUCAUUCCGAAGUCCCCAGCCUGAGUUUGGAGCACCCCGAAGGCCCUGAGAGCCCAGGCAGUCCAGCGUCCUCCUGUCCCUCCAGCCUUACGAGCCCAGUGGACCCGGGGGGUCCCAGCCAGGCCCCACUCAGCUCAGAGAACCUCCGGGAGGCCCUGGGAACAUCCCGAUUCAGCCUGCUAUCUGGGACCACCCCUACGGAGAUGCACCUGCCCAUCAGGUUCAGGCACCAGGGUGACCUUGGCCUUUCUCUGCCGUCCAGCUCUGAAAGCACUCGCUCCUAUCGACGGGGGGGCCGGAGCCUGGAAGACAGUCCCUCCGCCAGGCAGCCCGUGCCCAGAAGGAAUGCACCGGCCGGCUGCACUGAAGGAGAUGGCUCAAGGCCAGGAGUUCUCCCGGCAAGUUCCAUACAACUUCUGCAAGACUAGUCCCUUGCUGACCCCUGCAUGCCACGUGCUGGACCCCAACAUUCAGCCCUGGGGCUUGAGCCCACAAGACGGGGGAGUUGGGGUGUUCCUUCCCCCAGGUCUCCCUCUCUCUGCCCCUGUUUCUCUCGGUGGCCUUCUUCUUGCCGUAGGCCAUGCCCCUGCUGAGGUCACUGGACCUUGCAUGUUUGGGUUUAUGUGGUUCUUUUGCUCAGUCUCAAUACCUCCCGGGGCCAGGGAGCCUGUGGCUGCAUCUGAGUUCCCCUGAGCCAGCUUCAGCUACAGAACCCUCCGUCCCUCAUCCGACCAGGCCUGUUUCUCCCAGCAGUCCAGGGGCUGCACAGACCAGAGGAGGACCAGCCCUCCUCCACCACCCUGGUGUCCAGGUUGGGGACCUUCCCACACUGGUGUUGUCUUCCCCGCCGUCAGUUAGUGUAGUAUUCCUGAACCCCAGCACUCUGUCCACACCUGUGGACAUGCAUGAGACCUACAGGGUCCUACAGGAAGCUGCUCUCAAGGACUGCACUGGGAGAGCCAGGUUCCAGGGGAUGGUUCAGAGGUCAGGGGCGAGACGGACCGUCAGCCUUUGAGACCUGUAUGACCCCUGCAGUCAUCUGUAGCUCCCAUCCGCUCUGGCUGGCCAGUGCCCACGCCAUCCCGGCUAUUAGGUAAACAUUCUGACUUGCUCCUUUUGAGAAUCAGUGCGGCCUUCCCUGGGACAGGAUCGUACCGUGUUCCCCAGGUGGCGAGGACUCACCUGCAAGGACCCACCCCCCCUUGGCUUACCAGGAAGGAAAGCUAUGGUCUGGAAUGACUGCUCCCCUCUCCUCUUGCUCUUGGUCAACUCAGGAGCCUUCCAGACUGGGGGAGGUGGGGCUGAGACAGGAGAAAGAAGAGUGACAGAAAUGAGAGGGCAAAGCUUCGAGCUUCUGCCUGCCAGUGCCAGGCGUUCCAGGGCUGCUCCGCCUGAUGGGGAAGCAGGUGCACCUGAACCGUCGUUAACCACUAACUCCCAACUAACCCUCGCCGGCGCGGGGCCAGCAGGGGAGGCCAGCGCAGCCAUGUGGCCACCUGCUGGGGUGUAGUCCCACAGGCACAGGGGUGCCGGCCUAGCCUUCCCUGUCUGGUUUUGCUCAUCUCAGACUGACUUCACCCAUCUCUAAUAAAGGACUGUGGGG